CCUCUGAGGAGGUGGCUCCUCCCCUCCAGCAGAACUUCAUGAUCCCCAAAAAGGAGAUAAACAUGGUUUCCGACAUGGCCAAGUGGAAGCGCUCUCAGGCAUACGCAGAUUACAUGGGCUUCAUCCUCACUCUGAAUGAAGGUGUCAGGGGCAAGAAGCUAACCUGCGAAUACAAAGUUUCAGAGCCCAUUGAAAAGCUGGUGGCUCUUCUGAACACCCUUGACAGAUGGAUUGAUGAAACCCCGCCAGUGGAUCAACCUUCUCGCUUUGGGAACAAAGCCUUCAGGACCUGGUAUGCCAAACUAGACCAGGAGGCAGAAAAGUUGGUGGCAACAGUGAUUCCCAAGCAUUUGGCUGAUGCUGCACCAGAAGUGGCCGUGUACUUAAAGGAAUCGGUGGGGAACUCCACCCGCAUUGACUAUGGCACAGGGCACGAAGCUGCAUUUGCAGCCUUUCUCUGCUGCCUCUGCAAAAUCGGUGUGCUCAGAGUGGAUGACCAGAUGGCCAUCGUCUUUAAAGUAUUUAACAGGUACCUAGAAGUGAUGCGAAAACUUCAGAAGACCUACAGAAUGGAACCUGCUGGCAGCCAGGGCGUGUGGGGUUUGGAUGACUUCCAAUUCCUGCCUUUCAUAUGGGGCAGUUCCCAGCUGAUAGACCAUCCAAAUCUGGAGCCACGACACUUUGUUGAUGAGAAGGUGGUAAACGAAAACCAUAAGGACUUCAUGUUCCUGGAGUGCAUCCUCUUCAUUACAGAGAUGAAGACAGGCCCCUUUGCCGAGCACUCCAACCAGCUCUGGAACAUCAGCGCCGUGCCCUCCUGGUCCAAGGUCAACCAGGGCCUCAUCCGCAUGUACAAGGCAGAGUGCCUGGAGAAGUUUCCUGUGAUCCAGCACUUUAAGUUCGGCAGCCUGCUCCCCAUCCAGCCUGUGACGUCCUAAGAAGGCCGCGGGAGGAGUCGAGGCAGCGGAGGCAUAGCACAGCGCUCUUCCUCCUCCCUUCACCCCCUCCUCAUCACUUUGCCCGUUACACACAGCCCAUUCGUUCCUGCACAUCCUCAUCGGCAACCACAGAUCCAAAGCACUCGCCGGCCUUGCACGGGAGACGGGACCUGGAGCGGCUCCUCCUGCACAUCCCCAGCAUGGGGAUGUCUCGCCAGUGACCAAGCCGGGGCUGUGCUUCUCGGCUCUGCUGCGUCCACGGGCAACGCAUCUGCCGUCUGCAGCUCUGGGCAUGUGAAUGGGGUUUGAGUAGGGGCUGCCUUUCAGCAAAGGCCCUCUGCUUCCCUUUCCGGGACGAAGGGGGUGUGGAGGGGAGGAAGGCACGUGUGUAUGUGUUGGGCAGUGGUAAUUGCAAUUUCCCUUUUGAAUU